CACUACCCAUCGCUACCUGGUAUGGGCCAGUCACCCCUCUACGAUACCUUCGCUGAGAGACCCCGAAAGUGAAGACACCAACCGGCCCAUAGGAGACGUAUAUAAGGAGCUCUCUCUCGUGUCUCGUCCACAGUACAUCUGCAACCGCCAUCAUGUUCGUGCUCCUCGCUUGCCUGUUCGCCGUCGCCGCCGCCGCUCCCCAGCUGGAGCAGGAGCCCAUCGCAAUCCUGGUUGACGAACGAACUGACUCCGGUGAUGGUAACUUCGCCUACAACUUCGAGACCGAGAACGGCAUUGUGAUGGAAGUGUCCGGCACCCCUGGAGCUGAGGGUGCCACCAACAUGCAGGGCGUCUACAGGUUCCCCCUCCCUGACGGUUCCAUCGCUGAGAUCCGCUUCUUCGCUGACGAGGGAGGUUACCGCGCCGAGUCCCCACUGCUGCCCACUCCUCACCCUCUCCCUGCCCACGCCCAGGAGCAGAUCCGCAUCGCCGAAGAGCAGCGCGCCCAGGGCAUCACCUUUGACAACCAAGGCAGGAGACUGACCCGCUAAACCAAGCGACGCCGCUUCAUGGAAUCCGCUAACUUUUCGACACGUCUUCGUCACCAACACUAAGUAGUUCUGCGCUACUUAGUGUUAUCAUCUGGACUUCUUGUUCUAUAAUUAUUUCCAUAGUUGAGAUUUUAUAAUAAACCGAUAAAAAAGGAGCACGGAGGUCACACUGGAUGGCGUCCGGCUGAAAAAAUAUCGUUUGAUAUCGCCGUGGUAAUGGAAAACGAUCAUCCAUUAUUCUCGAAAAAUAAACUUAUCAGUAUGAA